AUGAAUACACAAAGAUUCACUAUUUGCACGCUGCUUGUCGUACUCUUAUUUGCGUUAAAUGUUGCAGUAUCGUCCCCCAUUGUGGUUGCAACUGGGCAACUUGAAGGCACGGUUGUCGCAACUUGUAAGAGUGCUACAGACGCAGCCGGUAAUGCGGUGAAUGCUUUAGGAGUAAACCCAAACUCAGGCUCAGGCUCAGGCUCAAAAUGA